UUUUCGAGACCGCUGAGGGUCGUUGGCGUCUGUCGAACGGCUUGUGGAAGUCUUGCUGCUUUGGGUAGGGGGUUAAAAUCGUUCUCGAGAGGAACGUCUCAGUCCGAAGAGAAAAUGAGUUUAGCUCUGAGAAAUGACCUUGUAGUAGACAAAACAAAGAGGAAAAAAAGAAGAGAACUCUCUGAAGAACAGAAACAAGAAAUUAAAGAUGCUUUUGAACUAUUUGACACAGACAAAGAUGAAGCAAUAGAUUAUCAUGAAUUAAAGGUGGCAAUGAGAGCCUUGGGGUUUGACGUAAAAAAAGCUGAUGUGCUGAAGAUUCUUAAAGAUUAUGACAGAGAAGCCACUGGGAAAAUAACCUUUGAGGAUUUCAAUGAAGUUGUGACAGACUGGAUAUUGGAAAGAGAUCCACAUGAAGAAAUAUUAAAGGCAUUUAAACUAUUUGAUGAUGAUGAUUCUGGUAAAAUAAGCUUGAGGAAUUUGCGACGUGUUGCCAGAGAAUUGGGUGAAAACAUGAGUGAUGAAGAACUUCGGGCUAUGAUAGAAGAAUUUGAUAAAGAUGGUGAUGGAGAAAUAAAUCAAGAGGAAUUCAUUGCUAUUAUGACUGGUGACAUUUAAAGAAUUACAAGGAUAAACACUAAGAAUGUUGCAGUUGUCAUCUUAUAUUCUAUUUUUGUGCCUGGAGCUGUGUUAAAAAAAAAUCUUAGUUUGUUUUUCCGAAAGGACCAAAAAUAAGCAUCUUAUGUAUUCAUA